AUUUGUUCAAGUAAUUUUUUGCUUUCAGUAAAGUUUAAUUGAAACUAUAAAAUAUUUUAAUAAACCCGAUUUAAUGUUAUAUGUUUAGCAAAUAGUGUUAGAAUGGCACAUUUGCAAUAUUUGCCUGGAGAUCCACGUUUAGUUGAUCAAUUAGUAUAUGAACUUAAAUCUAAAGGGAUUUUCGACCAGUUUCGUAAGGAUUGUAUAGCAGAUGUUGAUACAAGACCGGCAUAUCAAAAUCUACGUCAGCGGGUGGAGAACUCAGUCACAACAUUCCUCUCUAAGCAGUGCUGGCAACCGGAUUUGAACAAGAAUCAACUGAGAGAGAAACUAAGGAAACACAUCUUGGAUGGCAAUUAUCUUGAACAAGGAGUUGAACGUAUAGUCGAUCAAGUUGUGAAUCCCAAAGUUGCGUCAGUAUUUAUACCUCAAGUUGAAGAUCUCGUCUACAAUUACUUGGGUAUCACAAGAAAAAAAACUGUCAAUAAUGCUGAAACUACCAAUGAUAAAACGGAACAUCUACUUCCGACUGACUUAGAAGCAGUGAGCCCAGGUUCAGUUAAAAGUAAUGAUGACAAAAAUGAGGCCAUGGAAGUGGACACUAAUGUCUCAGUUACAAAUGAUAUGGAGGACGAUAAAAAUAUUAAACCUGAAGUAAAAGAUCAAGUUAAAACAGAGACAAAUCAUAUUGAUUCAAAAACUGAACCUCAAGAGGAAUCUGUAAGCGAAUUAACAUCAAACGAAUCUAGCAGUAUCGAUAAAAGUUCUAUUCCAUUACCGUCUGAAGAAAUUAAAUUGGAAAAUAUACCACCUCCUGAAAAUAGUCCGCCUAAAAAGGUGGAAUUGGAAAAAAUAGAAUUACCGAAAGAAAUUAAUUAUUCCACAGAUAUACCAUUACCAGAUGAGAUACCGAAAGACGAAAAAGACUAUUUUAAAGCUAUUAAUAGUGAUGAUGACGAUUCCAGUUCUGAUUCUUCUUUGCGACGAAACAUGUCUCCUUUAACACCAAUAAGAAACUUCAAUAAUGAAAACUCCUGCGAUGCACAACAAGCUUUUGAUAACGAUUCACUAGAUGGUAAAAACGAAGAUAAAAAAGAACCAAGCUCAUUCCGAUUUACUAUUGAAGCAACAGAAAACUGUACAGAUUCAGAAAAAACUAAAAAACCAACAGAUCAACUUAACUUGGCUUAUCAGUUCAAUAACCAAGUGAAUAUAAAUUCAUUUAACACUCCCAUGUAUGACGAUAGUUCUAAUAGUAAUCUUUUACAAAUCGACUACGAAAGCGAUGCUAAUAGUAAAGUUAAUUCAGAACAGAAGCCUUCUGAAGCUGAGGUAUCAGAAGAUUUAAAGAAAGAAAGAAAAAGUGAUGACAAAAAAAGCAGUCAUAAAAGUUCACAUAGAUCCAGAGAUUCUAAUAAGCAUUCCAGUAAGGAUAGACGAUCUGAUUCCAAACAUUCGACAUCUCGGGACAGUAGCAGACAUGAGAAGAAAUCGAAAGAUGACAGCAAAUCAAAGUCCAGUUACAAAGAUAGCUCAAGAGACAAAACUGACAAAAAGGAUAGUAAAGAUUCGUCUAGACAUUCACAUAAAAGCUCUAGCAAUAAAGAUUCCAAAUAUAAAAGUUCAAGUUCGAGUCAAAGAAAUUCCGGUAAAAGUUCCGAUGUGAAACGAUCGAGUCACAGAGAUAAAUCGGAUAGAAGUUCCGAUAAAUCGUCUAAAGAUAAAUCUAGGGAUUCAAAAUCGUCUCGCUCAGAUAAAGAUAGAAAGAAUAGUAAGAGUAAACACGAUGAAAAAGACAAAGAAAAGAAAGAGAAGAAAGAUUCUGAUGAUCAUUAUAGUGUAUCAGGACGUGGUAAUCCUAAUCGGAGAUCUACAGAUAGAGAUUCUAACGAUGGUAGUUCAUCGUCCAAAGGAUCACAUAACCCUUCCAGUGGUAAAUCAUCUGAAAGCAAAAAGGACGCAAAAAGUGGUAGUUCAAAAUCAGAUAAUAUGUCAACAAGCAGCGAAGGUCGAAGUCCCAACGAUAGAGAGUUAACAUUACAAGAGAAAGAGAAAGAAGUAAUUGAUAUGUUACAACCAAAACCAAUCGUUAGACUUGAAACACAUUUAGAAACACCAAUAGCGUCUCCACCUCGCCUUUUAGUUCCCGAAGUACAAAUUAAAAAACCUAAAUUCGCAAAUAACUUAGAAGAGGCUAAAAAACUUAUGAAAAUGCGUAAAUAUUUAGAUGAGGAACAGAAAAGGAUGAAUCAAGAGGCUGCUUUGCUUUUAGAAUUCCAAGCGAAUGUAAGACCUAGUCUUAGUCAAAUUUAUUCCAGUAUUCCUGGACCCGAAUUAGAAUUCGCUUGCGUAACGAACACUAUUGUUCACACCGAACAAAUAAGGCUGAAUAAUGAUGGACAUAAUACAACCACUUUUAUAACUGAUCAAAAUUAUCCAGAAGAUGAAGGUUUCUCUGAUCAUGUAGAAGAUGAUGUUCCUUCUACAUUAACUGUUAAAGAAGUGGAAGAAUCUAUUGAAAUUAUUAACGAAGAAUUGAAUAAUAAAGCAAAAGCUCAUGCUACCGAAGAUAUUAUUAGUAAAGAAUCUUAUGAAUCGCCAAUAAUAGAAAACUUGACGCGACCUGGGUAUUCUCAAAAUGUUAAUCCAGAAAAUAUCGAUAUUAAAACCAAUAUCGAGAAUUCAGAUGUGUGUAAAGAAAACGUCUCCGUCAUUGAUAAUAAGGAAAAUACAGCAUAUUUCGAAGUAACCGUUAUCGCUGAAGAAGUGACCGAUGACGAAGGAAACCAACAAGAAGCAAAAAUAACAGAAGUUAACAAAAAUUUAAUCGAAGAGAAAGUUGAUUCGGAACAGAAUAAUUUUCAUUAUUUCGCUGAAACCGAGAAAUAUAACGCUGAACUUGAAAGGGAUAGAUUCAGUAAAUUCCUAAAAGACUACACAGUUUCAACAACUAAUAAAAUAUAUUUAAUCAACUGUGAUCCAUACGAAGAGAGUAUAGUCCGAGAGGUAUUAGAUAAUUUCGGGCAUUACGAAAUUGUGAACUACCAAAGGAAUGGUCAUUUAAAACUGCCGAAAUCUAAGAAUAUAGUGAAAAAUGUGAAUUUAUCUAAUGAAGUUUCUUUACCGGUCGAUAAAGAAAGUGAAAAUGAUAUUAAAUCGAUAACAGAAUCAGUCUUCAGUCCUGUCAAAUCUGAAUGUUCUUUUGAACUGUCGAAUGAUUACGAUGCUAAAUUAGAAGAGAUGGUCAAUAAGACAUCUCGCCAAGAAAUAAUGGAAAUUAUACUUGGCAGUGUUAUAGCUGACUCUCCAUCUAAAAUGCCUAAAAUAGAUUAUUUAACCGAUUCUAAUAUUGAAGGUGGGAGUGAAAAUUUGAAAAGAAAGCAUGAUAUGGAAACAGUUAACAGGCCAGUUUUAGCUAAAAUGAGAAGGUUGAGUAUACCUGACCAAAUAUCAUCUACUACUGAAGACACAGAUGAAAGGUCUAACAACAAUUUGCCUCAGUCGGUAAAGUCUAAGUUCCUCGGCAGGGCACGGAGAGUAGGGCUACCUAGGCCGAGGAAGGAUCUUCCAAAUAGUCCAUCAAGUGAUAAAUCAGUAGAAAAUUACGAACAGAAUACAGAAAGUCCCGCGCCAAAUGGCAAGGUAAAGACAACUCCUCGCUCCAAAGUGCAGAGAUAUGACACCUCAGAUUUAUACAAACCUAAGUUACAUUACUUAUCAAGAAGGAAUAAUAUAAGUUAAGUUGAAAAUGUUAGGGUAUUUGACUGUUAUAUACAUAUAAAUAUGGUUUAUUGUGUUUUUUUAACGAAAAUUGGCUGACAGGUGACAUAAUUUUGUUUGUGGGAAUUUUUUAAUGAACUUUUAAAAUAAAAUCUUGUAAACGUACAAAUGGGCAAUUGUAAUUUUUGUGAAUAACGGAAUACAUGCCAGUAGACACACUUAUGCCAGCAUACAAGUAGCUGGCACGAUAUUUGAUUUUAUGACAGCUACGUGCUAUGAGGGAAGGAUUGAGAAGUGUUUUCUCGGAGUUAGACUCGUUGAAAAGAAUAUUUCCUGUAAUUGGUACACCGCAAAAGGCUUUGAUUGUACAAUUUGAAAAAUAAUAAUAAGAGAAAGGUAGUGUUUCCAAGUUUUAAUGUAAAAUUGUAUUAUUUGUUUACAAUAAUUUUUUCUUUCAUUUGGAAUGAAGGGUUUUUAAGGAUACUGUAAUAGUUUUUUUCUUUUUUUUUCCUUAUUUCAUGUAUUUCCAAUUGAAUUGGUAGAUUUCUAAAACACUUAUAUUCAAAUUUCCUAUAUUUUAAAGUUAAAAUCAUUUGCUUGUACAUGUAUUAUUGUUUUUUUUUCUAAUUUUUUUUUUAAUUCAAGAGCAUGGAACAAGGCUAAAUUAAAUGAAAACUUUUCUGAUAAAUUAUUUUCAACGAAUAUAUGCACCGAAUUUAGACCUCGCAUUUGGAAUAGAUUUAAUGCCACACUUUAGUCUGUGAUUUUUCUUUUAUAAAAAAAAUUAAUUGUUUAUGGUUUGAAACGAAAUGGAUUUCUAGUGUAUUUAAAUAUGUUAAAAUGUAUAUUAUAAGUUUUGUAACGGUUUAGGAAACAAAUUUUGUUUUUAAGUCAAAUACCCUAAAAUGUGUGUUUGUGUAAGGGACAAGAAAUUUUCCAUUCUAAAUUAUUGUCUAUGAUAUUCUUAGCUUGGGUUGCCAGUUUUUUGUUUCUGUAUUUUUAAAAUUAAUUAGAAGAUUUUAAAUAUAUGAAGUAGAAAAAAAAACGAGCAAAUAAAAAAAAACUUUGGAUUAUAUUGGUUUAAUUGCACAGUUUAAAUUAUCGACUUUAUGAAUAAGUUGUAUUUUUUCUUGUUUUAAUAAUAAUGACGAUUUUAAAUGUGAAACUUAGGGCCUUUCCCACUACUGGCUGAUAGAAGCACAGACAGCUUAAAAGUAACGUCACUGUCUACCAAAAUCCGAUAUUUCCAUCACAUUUUUUUACGUUGGAUGUUAUCUAACAAUUUACAAGAAUUGUGGGACAGGCUCUAAAUGAAAUAAGAAUCCAUUCACACAUGAAGUGUAGAUGAGAUUUUAAUCGCGAAAAUUUUUGUUAUUGUAAUAAGGCUGAAUUUUAUUUGACACGUUUUUACUCUUGCUUAUGACAAGAUUUGCAAAAUAAACUUAAACCAUGUUUCAAUAGAGUAAAUACAAUUUAAGAAUAUUAAGAUCUACUCUGCUCUAUAUCCCAGUCUGAAUGGACCCUAGUAAUGUAUUUUUUUUAUUAUGGCAACCUUAGUAAAUUAUAGUAUUAGUACAUUUCAACUGCCAUUGAAGUGAAAUAUGAAAAGAUUGUGAUUUCUCUAAGGUUUUAUAGAUUUAUAAUUAUUGUACUAACAGUAGGACUCCAUUGCAUUAACAUUUAAGAAGCAUAUCUAAGUGUUAACGCAAUGUAGUUCUACACUAAUAUAGCGUUAGGUGCUGUUCGUGUCGUUUGAUAUAGUUAAUAUAAGAUUCAAUUAUUACAAUUUUAUUAAAAUAGGUUUUAUUUUAUCGUUAAAUUACGAAAUACAAAAACCAACGUUAGCGUCAAAUUAUUAAGCAAGGUUCAUUUUCUUGAAUAAGGCGCAGGUCGCAAAUGAAUUUAAAAAAAAAACGAUCACUACUCAAUACAUUUAGUUGUAUUCUUGUGCAGAGGUUUGCCGAUGGCGAUGACGUCAUUUUAACUUUAGUACUGACGUGCGCGGGACGCGGUCGGUGAUGGGAGCCAUCGACAAAUCUGCGAGAUUACCACUUUUACUGAUGCCUUUUUGGUUCAUAUUUACCUUUUGCUCUCUUGAUAUUAAAACUAAUGACAGACCCACAUUCGAAGAUACGAAUUCAUAGGCAUUACCUUUGAAGAGGACAAAAAAGGUCUUUUUAGGCUUACGCUUCAAAAUUGUCCUGUUAUGUCAUUGUGUCCUGAUUAAAAGACCUCGUUAGUGUUUUUUUAUUGUGGGCAUAUUAUAGUUAUAAUGCUAAUAAUCUCUUGGGCAAAUUAAAAGCAAAUUUUGAUUUUUUAGGCAAAUUAACUGCAAAAAAGGACAAUGUUUUUUCUUCCUUGCUUCAGAUGCUAAAUACCUGAUUUCUAUAGACUAAGCAAUAUCCGAUAUCUCGAUAAUUUGUAAUAAAUCGCAUAUUUCCUAUGUUACGGACAUCUUAGCUGCAGUCUCUGUAUGUUUUUUUAUUGUCUAUAUUUUAACUAGGUAUCUUAUCGCAACUAUAUUCAUAAAAAUAAUUUACGUAAAAUGUAUGUUUGAAGUUUGGCAUGUUUACAGAAGAUUUGAAAUGAGAAAACUAUUUAACUACGUUGUUGUUUAUGAUUCCAAAAAUCAAACAAUAAAAUGGGACCCACCUCCAAGCACCACC